AACAUGCCUCAAGAAUUGGAUUCUGAAACAAGUAGUGCUCUGCAUUUGUUUCAAGAUUGUGAUGUAAUUAAUUAAAACGACUAAAUAAUUAUGAGAAUUUUUGCCAGGUUGGAUUAGAUUGAACAAGUCCAAAAUGUUGUUAUUUAAUCUUAUUUUCAUGGCAAGCACGUUCAAGAAAUGGCUCCAACCAAAGCCAAACAAACAAAACAGUAUUUAAAACACAACUAAAACUCUCAAAGAACAGAGAGAAGAAAACAAGAAACAGAGAGGAGGAUUUUAGAAAAAAUGGGGAAACCAGCUGGGUAUUGGGUGAAUAAGAUUAGGACAUCAUUCAAAGGAGGAUCAUCGUCGAGCAAAUCAUUAGAUGAAGGAAGUGCUUCUGGUUCAAGAAAGAACGGUUCGAAGCAUAGUAAGAAUCUGAAAGCAGAGGAAGCUAAUAAGAGUGGUGAAGGAGGAGUUCAAGCUGAGAGUGGGAGGAAAGUGAUGGUUGUUGUGGACACAACUUCACAAACUAAGAAUGCUCUUCAAUGGGCUUUAACACAUUGUGUUCAAGAUGAAGACAAUAUCACUCUCCUUCAUGUCACAAGAACACCCGUAGGACAAGCUAUAGAUGAGACACAAAGGGAGAGAAACUCAAGGGCUCAUGAACAAGUUCAUCCAUUGAAGAACUUUUGUCAACUCAAGAAACCUAACGUCAAAACAGAGAUAGUGGUGGUUGAAACGGCGGAGGAAAAAGGGAAGACGAUUGUUGAGGAAUCAAAGAAACAAGGAGCAGGCGUUUUGGUUUUAGGGCAGAGAAAGAGAACCUCGAAGUGGCGCGUGAUAUGGAAAUGGCGUACCAAGGGAGGAAUGGGAGGAGUGGUCGAGUAUUGUAUACAUAACUCCGAUUGUAUGGCUAUUGCCGUAAGGAAGAAGAGUAACAAUGGAGGUUACUUGAUCACCACGAAACGUCACAAAGAUUUCUGGCUCUUGGCUUAAUUUUUUAUUUAACACACAUUCAUCCCAAUUUUUUUUUUUUUCUUUUUUUGUAAUCGAAACGGAUCUUUUUUUUAAAAAAUAUACAUGUUUUAUGGAUGAUUGAUGAUCUGUAUUCGUUAUAAGACAUUUUUCAUGUAAAGACUUUAUAUUUGUCAAUGUGUGUUAUUGUGUUCAACCUCAAAGUAUAUGAAAGAAUAGUAAA